AUGGAUUUAAAAACUAAACUUUUUUGUUUAAUAAUACCCAUAUAUACCCUGCUAGUGGUCGAUGAAUUACUCUAUACGGAGGCAUUUUUAAAAAGUGUACGUAUCGAUGAGAUACCCUUUGCUCUGUCGUUGAAAAUUCACAAUCGUACAAGUGAUAGUUCUUCCCUUAGACAUCCGGUUCAAGAUGACACAAAAAAUAUUUACGCCAUGAAACGUUUGGAUCAACAUAAAAGUUUUCUAAAAAUAUUCAAUAUACCAUAUAUAAUUUGCUUUUUUGCGGCUAAAGGUAAAUGGCCGUUCAUACCGCCUUUUAUGCAAAAUCGUGUUGAUGCUGCCGCUCGCACUCUGUUCAGUCAGAAUGAUAGUUUUAUUAAACAGUUUUGUCAGAAAUGGAUACAGAUUAAGGAAUGCUUUCGCCCGCUAUUUUCCCCGACCACAACUGUUUCAAGUUUGGAUGUGGUCACUGUGCCCAAUCAACGUUGUCAGUGUGCUAAUCUAGUGGCUACCGAUGCACCAGUUCCCGUUGUUUAUUUUGAUCGUGAUCAUAUAGGAAAUAUCAGUGUGGAAACUAUUUCGAAUACUAUAGAGUUUUUGCAAAACUUUUUACCACCUCCUACUAAGAAGGGUAAACGGAAAAAUCGUGUACGUUCUCGAGUCGAUGAAAUGGAAAUUGAAUGA